AUCCGAUUCUUGUUAAUUACGAUUUUCUCAGUUCAGUUACUCUCUAGAAGAAAGAUUGAAUUGUGUCUUCAUCGCCCUUUUCUCUCGAUUUCAUCGCCUAUCAAACAAACAUGGCCCGAAAGUUCUUCGUCGGCGGCAACUGGAAAUGCAAUGGGACAACUGAUGAAGUGAAGAAGAUCGUUACGACCUUGAAUGAAGCUGAAGUUCCUUCAGAGGAUGUUGUUGAGGUUGUUGUAAGCCCUCCAUUUGUGUUUCUCCCUCUGGUCAAAAGUUUAUUGAGAUCUGAUUUCCAUGUUGCUGCACAAAACUGCUGGGUCCGCAAAGGCGGUGCUUUCACUGGUGAAAUUAGUGCUGAGAUGCUUGUAAAUUUGGGUAUUCCUUGGGUCAUUCUUGGCCACUCUGAAAGAAGAGCUCUUUUAAAUGAGUCAAAUGACUUUGUCGGAGAUAAGGUUGCUUAUGCACUUUCCCUAGGCUUGAAAGUGAUUGCUUGUAUUGGAGAGACUCUAGAGCAGCGAGAAUCAGGAUCUACAAUGGCUGUUGUUGCUGCACAAACAAAAGCUAUUGCAGACAAAGUAUCAAAUUGGGACAAUGUGGUGUUAGCUUAUGAGCCAGUUUGGGCUAUUGGAACAGGCAAGGUUGCAACCCCAGCUCAGGCUCAGGAAGUCCAUUGUGAGUUGAGGAAAUGGCUGAAAGAGAAUGUUGGUGCUGAAAUUGCUGCAUCAACUAGAAUUAUCUAUGGAGGUUCUGUUAAUGGUGCAAACUGCAAAGAGUUGGCAGCACAACCAGAUGUUGAUGGAUUUUUGGUUGGUGGAGCUUCACUAAAGCCCGAGUUCAUUGACAUCAUCAAGUCUGCCACAGUGAAGAAGAAUUGAAGUUAAAGACCUUUGUAUCAGGUAUUGCCAUGCCUGCAGUUUUUCCUCACUAAAAGCUUUCUGGAAGUACAUGAGUUGUAAUGUUGCAGUUGUAGUAUGUUUUUAUGAUAAGUUGAUGUUAAGCAUUGAAUAUCAAGUAUAAUAAGCCAAAUUCCGGAACCCUUUUUGACUUGAGAUUUUGUAGACUCAAAUCCGUUUGUGGAUUAAAUAAGUGGCUUUGAUUGAUAUUAUAAUAAGUAGAAGAAAAGUGUUUUCAAAGUCCAAAAUCUCCUUUUCAGGCUACUUUUAAUUGUUAUAGAAACAAGACAAAAUAUGUUCUACUGAAAUUGAAGGCUGGUGUAUUUGUUUUCUUC